UAGUGGAGUUUAGUUGAGAGUUUAGUUUAGCUGAGUUUAGUUUACUUCAGUUUAAUUGAACUGAGUUCAGUUGAGUUCAGUUACGUCAUUUUGUUUAGAAACAAGUGAAUAAGUAGGAGUAUCUUCAGGAAACGGUAAGUUAUGUCUUUAAAACGGUGCCUAUCAGCCCUGGGCACUAACAACUGGGCCAGGAGGCUGUUUUGCCAUAUUUUUGGCUGGAAUGAGAAGAACACCCAAUGUGAACAUAUCCAGGAGCUUGAGGAGACCAUUUUCUCACAGGAAGAACAGGUCGCUCAGCUUUCUGCAAAACUGGAAUCUGUAGAAAAUGAGAGACAGUCACUAUGGAUUCAGAUGGAAGAAUUGACAGACCAGCUCAAAAGAGCAAAUCUCUGCUCUGAGGAGCUGAGCUGUCUGUCCCACAAAGAAAGACAAAGAUGUCUAAAAGAAGAAGAGCAAACAUUGAGAAUCGGACUUCAACAACAAGUUGAAGAAACGAAUAACGUGGAGGCCCUACGCAAAGAUGCCAAGGAGAUGAAUGCUCAACUCCAAAGAGUAGAUGAGACCAUUUUCUUGCAGGAAGAACAGGUCUCUCUGGAAUCAGAGGAGAACAAAAAACAGUCACUCCGGAUCCACGAAGAGGAUUUAACAGACAACCUUGUAAUAGCAAAUAUCCGGUUUGAGGAGCAGAUCAGUCUGUUCCACAAAGAGAGAGAAAGAUGCCUGAAAGAAGAACAGCAAAAUUUGAGAAGACUUCAACAACAAGUUGAAGAAACAAAGAACCUGGGGCCCCUGCUCAAAUAUGUUAAUGAGAUGAAUGAUCAACACCAAAAAGUAGAGGAGACCAGUCUCUUUCAGAAGGAAUGUAUCUCUGAGCUCUCUGCAAACCUACAAUCACAGCAAUAUGAAAACAAGUCUCUCUGCAACCAUGUAGAAUAUUUGAUCAAGGAGCUCCACGGAGCAAAGGUCUACUCAGAGGAGCAAAGGGUCAAAUAUUUAAAAGAGAAAUCAUUGCGGAUUAAACUUCAACAAGUAGUUGAAGAAACAGGAAACUUGGAGGCCCAGCUCAAAGAUGUUGAGGGGCUUGACACUCUACUUCAAAGAGCAGAGGAAACCAUUUUCUUGCAGGAAAAAGAGAUCUCUAAGCUUUCUGCAAAACUGCAAUCAAAGGAGAACGAAAAUCAGUCCCUCUGGAUCAAGUUUGAAGGUUUAAAAGACAAACUGGAAUUGGCAAAUGUCCACUCUGAGGAGCAGAAAAGUCAGUUCAACAAAGAAAGAGAAAAAUGUAUUGAAGAAGAGCAAUCGUUGCGGAUCAAACUUCAACAACAGGUUGAAGAAUCAAAGAAAUUGGAGGCCCAGCUCAAAGAUGCUGAGGAGCUUGAGGCUCUACUCCAAAGAGCAGAGGAGACCAUUUUCUCGCAGGAAGCAUGGGUCUGUCAGCUUUCUGCAAAACUGGAAUCAAAUGAGAAAGAAAACCAGUCCCUCUGGAUAAAGUUUGAAGUUUUAAAAGACAAACUGGAAUUGGUAAAUGUCCACUCUGAGGAGCAGAAAAAUCAGUUCCACAAAGAGAGAGAAAAAUGUCUUGAAGAAGAGCAAUCAUUGCGAAUCAAACUUCAACAACAAGUUGAAGAAACAAAGAAAUUGGAGGCCCAGCUCAAAGUUGUUGAGGAGCUUGACCCUCUACUCCAAAGAGCAGAGGAGACCAUUUUCUCACAGGAAGGACAGGUCUGUCAACUUUCUGCAAAACUAGAAUCAAAGGAGAAUGAAAACCAGUCCCUCUGGAUCCAGGUAGAGGAUUUAAAAGACAAGCUUGAAAGGGCAAAUGUCCACUCUGAGGAGCAGAAAAGUCAGUUCCACAAAGAGAGAGAAAAAUGUCAGGAAGAGGAGCAAUCAUUGCGAAUCAAACUUCAACAACAGCUUGAGCAAACAAAGAAACUGGAGGCCCAGCUCAAAGUUGUGGAGGAGCUUGACCCUCUACUCCAAAGAGCAGAGGAGACCAUUUCCUUGCAGGAAGAACAAGUCUCUCAGCUUUCUGCAGAACUGGAAUUAAAGGAGAAUGAAAACCAGUCCCUCUGGAUCAAGUUUGAAGGUUUAAAAGACAAACUGGAAAGGGCAAAUGUCCACUCUGAGGAACAGAAAAGUCAGUUCCACAAAGAGAGAGAAAAAUAUCUGGAAGAAGAGCAAUCACAUAGGAUCAAACUUCAACAACAAGUUGAAGAAACAAAGAAAUUGGAGGCCCAGCUCAAAGAUGCCAAGAAGAUGAAUGCUCCAUUCCAAAGAGUAAAGGAGAUCAGUCUGUUUCAAAAGAAAUAUAUUUCUCAGCUCUCUGCACACCUAGAUUCGGAACAAAGUAAAAACAAGGCUCUCUAUAAUCAUGUAGAAUAUUUGACAAAUGAGCUCCAUGGAGCAAAGGUCUACUCAGAGGAGCAAGGGUCAAAAUAUUUAACAGAAAAAGCAUUGAGGAUCAAACUUCAACAACAAGUUGAAAAAAUAAGACAGCUGGAAGCCCAGUUCAAAGAUGUUGAUGAGAUGAAUGGCAGAGGAGAGGAGACCAUUUUCUUGCCAGAAGAACUGGUGUCACAGCUUUCUGCAAAACUGGAAUCAUUGGAGAAGGAAAACAAGUUACUCUGGAUCAAGUUAAAAGAUUUAACAAAUAAACUUGUUCACUCCGAGGAGCAGAAAAGAUUGUUCAACAAGGAGAGAGAAAAAUGUUUGGACGAAGAGCAAUCAUUGAGAAUCACACUUCAACAGCAAGUUGAUGAAACACAGAACCUGGAAGCCCUGCGCAAAGAGGCCAAUGAGAUGAAUGCUCAACUCCAAAGAGUAGAGGAUAUCAGUCUUUUUCAGAAGGAACACAUUUCUCAGCUCUAUGCAAACCUAGAAUCAGAGCAACUUAAAAACAAGACUCUCUGGAACCAGGUAGAACAUUUGACCAAUGAGCUCCAUGGAGCAAAGGUCUACUCAGGCGAGCAGAGGGCUAAAUAUUUAAAGGAGCAAUCACUAAGGUUCAAUGUAGAAAAACAAUUGGAUGAAUCAAGGACAGAACUGGCUCACGAGAAAAGCGAAAAAGAACUGCUCAUGAACAAGGAGGAGGAAACAAGGAAUGAGCUCGAGACCUUGAAACUUUCACACCAAGUCUACGAAGGUUCUCAGUCAUCCAGGUCAUGGUAAUCCAAUGUCGUUGAA